AGACGCGUGCUAGAUAGUAACAUUUGCGCAGAACAAAAAAAAAAGUUAAAAAUUUAAAUAAAAAAUGAAAAAAAUUGUCAAUCGAAGUUACGAAACAACGAUCGAACUCGCCAACACGCUCCAACAGCCAGCGGCGGCAUCUCGAAUUCAGCGCAUACGUCAGUACUUCAUUUCGCAAGAAGUUUUCGCCACACUUCAGCCACUCUUCCUGUUCACCUACAUCUAUGGUCUGACACCGUUUCGUAUUGUAAAGCGUCGCAACGGUACUAGCGAGAUACGCGCAUCCUGCUUCGGCUUUUGCAACACGGCCGCCUAUGUGACACUUUAUGGCAUUUGCUUUUUGAAUUCGCUGUUGUAUGCCGAAUCUGUUGUGGGUUACUUCUUACGCACGAACAUCUCCAUUGUGGGUGACACACUGCAGAUAUGUAACGGUAUUGUCACCGGUAUUGUCAUUUAUACGACGGCGUUGACCCAGCGUUGUAAGAUGCGUCGCAUAAUUGAGGUGUUGAACGAGUUGGAUUUGAAUUUUGCAAAUAUUGGUGUGCGUGUGAAGUACUCGCGUAUUUACCGUUAUGCAUUAGUACUGAUCGUUGCAAAAAUACUGAUUAUUGCGAUCUAUUGUGCCGGUGUUUAUUUGCUUUUACGUUCGGCGCAUGUAAAUCCGUCGAUAUGUGUGUGCAUCGCAUUCGUUUUGCAACAUUCGGUGUUGUUCUUGGCAAUUUGCCUCUUCUGUUUUAUAGCGCGUGGCUUUGAGCGACGUCUGGUCAUACUCAAUAAGGUUUUAAAGAAUCUCGCACAUCAAUGGGACAAUAGCAUUGUCAAACCUAUGCCCAAGCAACGCUCACUACAAUGUCUGGACUCUUUCUCCAUGUACACCAUUGUCACAAAUAAUCCCUGCGAGAUUAUACAGGAAUCUAUGGAAAUACAUCACAUGAUUUGCGAUGCCGCAUCAACAGCAAAUAAAUAUUUUACUUAUCAACUACUAACAAUCAUUUCGAUUGCAUUUCUGAUCAUCGUUUUUGAUGCCUAUUAUGUGCUCGAGACAUUGUUAGGCAAAUCAGCGCACGAAAGCAAAUUCAAGACUGUGGAAUUUGUGACUUUCUUUUCAUGUCAAAUGAUUUUGUAUCUCAUUGCGAUCAUAUCCAUUGUGGAGGGCAGUAAUCGGGCUAUCCAAAAGAGCGAAAAAACCGGUGGCAUUGUGCACUCACUACUCAAUAAGGCAAAAAAUGCUGAAUUAAAGGAAAAACUACAGCAGUUUUCUUUACAAUUGUUACAUUUGAAAAUACACUUCACCGCCGCUGGACUCUUCAACAUCGAUCGUACACUUUAUUUUACGAUAAGUGGCGCACUCACCACCUACCUAAUUAUACUUCUACAAUUCACGAAUUCUAACGCACCCGAACAACCGUUCACGCCGAUAGAAGAGAACAGCUCAACGCCACUAAGGAAUCUAGUUUCAAAUUUGACAGCUGGUGGAUAAUGCAGACGUUUUAUUGAUAUUUAAAGCAUUUUUCAAAUACUCAUAGCAAUGUAUUGUAAAAUUUUACUAGAUAUAUAUAUGUGUGUAUGUAUGUUAUUUAUUUAUAUCUUGUGUAUUUAAUGCCUGAGAUUUGUGUAACACGAUUUUAUAAGUAUGUAUGAAUUUUAUGAAAAUAUAUUCAGAAACUUAGGUAGGUAUACGAACGAUUGAGAUGCAAAAAAUUGCAAGCGAACUGAUGAGUUAUAUAUUUUUAUGCAAGCAUUUACCAUAGAUACUUUGUUAUAUCUCAGUGCAGAUUUUAAUUGUUUAACAUGUAUGUAUGUUAAGCAUAAAUUAAUUGUUUUAUAUGUAAUGAAUUUAUAGUGCAUUUGUAUUGAAACAUUUUUACGAAACAAAAACAUUUGUGAACAUAUAUGUAUGUAUGUAGGUUUGAUUGCAAGUACACUUCAUGUCAUAAUAAUUAAUAAAGAAGCUAAAACAUUGCAUUUUAUCAGAA